AUGGAUACAGUCCUGGAGCCCAGUUUUUCAACCGGUUCGCCAUCCCUGAGGAAUUGCAGCGGGCAGAACCACACGUGUAGCAUGGAGAGCGAUGUGGCCUACGUGGAUUUUUACCUCCACCGGCCUCUUGUCGCCGCGAUCUUCAUCAUCUCCUACCUCCUCAUCUUCCUCCUAUGCAUGAUUGGCAAUGGUGUGGUGUGUUUCAUUGUGCUACGAAGCAAGCACAUGCGCACCGUCACCAACCUCUUCAUCUUGAACCUCGCGGUCAGCGAUUUGCUAGUGGGGAUAUUUUGCAUGCCCACCACUCUGCUGGAUAAUAUCAUCUCCGGGUGGCCUUUUGGGAAUAUGGUCUGCAAGAUGAAUGGGAUGAUCCAGGGAAUCUCCGUCUCUGCUUCCGUCUUCACUCUGGUCGCAAUUGCAGUGGACAGGUUCCGUUCCAUUGUUUAUCCCUUUAAGCAGAAGCUGACCAUCUCAACAGCAGUUGUCAUCAUCGCCGUCAUCUGGGUUUUGGCCGUGGCCAUUAUGUGCCCAUCGGCGGUGAUGCUGAAGGUGGAGAAGGAGAAACAUUUCAGGGUGAUCCUCGGCGACGGCAACAAAACCAGCCCGAUACACUGGUGCCGGGAGGACUGGCCCAACCAGGACAUGAGAAAGAUCUACACCACCGUACUCUUCGCCAACAUCUACCUGGCCCCCCUUUCUCUCAUUGUCAUCAUGUAUGCCCGGAUAGGGAUCACUCUCUUCAACUCGGCAGUCCCUACGGCCGGGAAGCAGGGCCAGGAGCGCCACUCUGUUUACAGGAAGAAGCAGAAGGUCAUCAAGAUGCUCAUCGUCGUGGCCCUGCUUUUCAUCCUCUCGUGGCUGCCAUUGUGGACCUUGGCGAUGCUCUCGGACUAUGCGGACCUGACCGAGGAACAGUUGCAAGUCAUCAACAUCUAUGUUUACCCGUUUGCUCACUGGCUGGCCUUCUUCAACAGCAGCAUGAACCCCAUCAUUUAUGGGUUCUUCAACGAGAACUUCCGGAGAGGUUUCCAGGCAGCCUUCAGGUUUCAGCUUUGCUCUGGGGACGCGAUGCCCAGGGAGAUCUAUUCCCAGCGGGGGCAAAGCAAUGCCGUUUUACCCGCCGCUGUUCCCCAACAAACGGCCCAGCGUCUUACAUCCACAAGUCCAGGAAGGCCGCCUCAGAAAGGGAACUGGAUGGACAAAACUCAAGUCCUGAUGCUGGAAGACCUCGAAAAGGCCGCAAAUAACAAUGGGGUUAAACAAGACUUGCUAUAA